UCCACACUCUGACGUUUUCUCAUUCAUGCUAACCCCACAAACUGAUUUAAAUUGCCGUCUGAAGAUUUACAUUAACCACAAUGUCCUGGAGACAAUUACAGAUCAGUCAAUUACUUGACUCCAUCGGCUUCAUUAUUUCCUUCGACUUCCUGAGGAAAAUCGCGAGAAAUACCUUCAGCUUCUUCAGCGGGUGGAUGGGCCGAGUGGCGAGGGCUAAGAGGGAGGUGAUCACCAAGAGGUUAAGGAAACGGAGGAAAAGGUUGGAGACGUGCAGAACAAAUCGAAGACCUUGCAAAUGCAACUGCACCAAGUGCUCGAGUUACAGAUAUCUUCAGAGGAAGCGAGUGUUGGAGCCGGAUUAUCUUGCGAACUGGGCGUACCAGGAGAGGAUCAGUCGUGAUGAUCUAUCCCCGGUCGAAGAGGUUGUCCUUGAUUCUUCCAGAGCCGAGUCCCGGAAAUCUCGAGAAGAUCAUCGAGACUUGGAACAAUCAGAUUACAAGGGAGUGGUCUGGUGGACAGAUGUGAAUCGCCGGGUCUUCAUGCCACCUCUCAUCAACGACUUGCCAACUAGGUCCAACUACUCAUCAACUUCGGGCUUCCGGUCUGCAUCGCCUGACAUCUUUGAAUCCAGUGACGCCACCAUAAAUACCUCCGACUGCUCUGAUUCCUCUGAUUAUCAAUCAUGGAGGGAAGGCAGGACCACCAGAAUGUCGUCUAAAUCAGAAUCGAGAGUCGGAGACCUUCGGAUGGCGAGAAUCAGAGUGACUCGUACAUCGCGAAGUGCAUCAAUGCCACUGGGACAGAAGCCAAAUCAUCAAAACACCUCUCAAUUGGCAUCCAAUCUCACGGAAAUGGCCAUCAGGAGGAAAAAGCGACCUGUUAGCAGCAAGACAACCACCAGUCACGUGUGCGACAGCUUCAACACUUGCAUCAAUUGUUCAAAAACUAGAUCGAAAUCCACCGAACGUACCACCCGAUAAAUUACAAAACCAUCAACUGUAUUCCACAGCGGAAAUAAGAAACAUCACGAAAAUAGAAAUGCUUGACCCGAAUUCUGGAGUAAAACGAGACAUCGGGAUUUUCAACUCGCGAUCCAGGAAAGAUUGUGAAUUACCGUGUGUUAAUUACCUCGAUAUUCUGAUUAAACCAUUUGGUAGAAAACAAGAACAAUAAAAUAUAUGUACGAGAAAA